AUGCCACCUAGGAUCGCUGUCGUUUUCUAUUCUAUGUAUGGCCAUAUUCUCAAGCUAGCCGAGGCCGAACUGAAAGGGAUCAAAGCUGCUGGCGGUAAGGCCGACAUAUACCAGAUUGCAGAAACUCUUCCUGAUGAAGUUCUUGAGAAGAUGCACGCUGCUCCUAAGUCUAAUCACCCGGUUGUGAAGCCUGAAAAAUUGAAAGACUAUGAUGCAGUGCUAUUCGGCAUCCCUACUCGAUACGGCAACUUCCCUGCUCAGUGGAAGGCUUUCUGGGACCGCACUGGAGGCAUCUGGGCAUCUGGUGGCUAUUGGGGCAAGUACGCUGGCCUGUUCGUGUCCACCGGCACCCUUGGCGGGGGCCAGGAGUCCACUUGCAUUGCAGCCAUGAGCACACUCGCCCACCAUGGCUUCGUUUAUGUCCCCCUUGGAUACAAGCCUGUGUUCUCCCUUCUGUCCAACCUGAAUGAGGUCCAUGGUGGCAGCGCUUGGGGUGCUGGCACGUUUGCCGGGGACGGCUCCCGACAGCCCACUACUCUUGAGCUGGAGAUUGCCGAAAACCAGGGUAAGGCCUUCUACGAGCAAGUUUCCAAGGUAACUUUCACCUGA